UAGGGAACAAAAAAAAGGGCUCCAUGGGCGAUCGUCGAUCAAAAGCGCAAGGUGGCUUUCUCACGCACUCUCUCCCGAAUCCGAUCCCAUUUCCCCUCCCAUCUCGCGGAGGAGGCGGAGACCCCGGUCGGAUCGAUCCCAUUCGAGAUCGAUUUUGGCCGCCAAAAAGCUGAGCGUGCUCCAGACAGCGACUCGCCGCACCGCCGAAGCUUCGAGCGGCGGGGGCGGCAGCGCCGGCGCCGUGGGGGCGAAAUGGACGCGAGAUUCCCGUACUCGCCGGCCGAGGUGGCCAAGGUGCAGCUCAUGCAGUUCGGCAUCCUCAGCCCGGAUGAAAUCAGGCAAAUGUCAGUGGCGGUGAUAGAGCACGCAGAGACCAUGGAGAGGGGAAAGGCGAAGCCUGGGGGUUUGAGUGACCCUCGUUUGGGUACUAUUGACGAGAAGAUCAAGUGUGAUACAUGUAUGGCUGGGAUGGCUGAGUGCCCGGGCCACUUUGGCCACCUUGAGCUUGCAAAGCCAAUGUUCCACAUCGGCUUCAUCAAGACUGUACUCUCCAUAAUGCGAUGUGUGUGCUUCAACUGUUCCAAGAUCCUGGCAGAUGAGGAGGAUACCAAGUUCAAGCAGGCUCUGAAAAUCAGUAACCCAAAAAAUAGAUUAAGAAGAAUAUAUGAUGCUUGCAAGAGCAAAAAGACUUGUGCUGGGAGUGAUGAACUUGAGGUUCAAGAUCAGCAGGACACUGAUGAGCCAGUAAAGAAAAGAGGUGGUUGUGGUGCUCAGCAGCCAAGUAUCACAGUUGAUGGUAUGAAGAUGGUUGCGGAGUUUGAAGCAACAAAGAAGAAAACUGAUGAUCAAGAUCAACUCCCUGAACUAGUGGAGCGAAAGCAAAUUCUCUGUGCUGAGAGGGUCCUUAAUGUUCUCAAGCAUAUAAGUGAUGAGGACUGUCUUUUGUUGGGCCUGAAUCCUAAAUGCGCUCGUCCUGAUUGGAUGAUACUGCAAGUUCUUCCGAUUCCUCCACCGCCUGUGAGACCAUCUGUCACGGUGGAUACUUCCUCCAGAACUGAGGAUGAUUUGACUCAUCAAUUAGCGAUGAUAAUUCGACAUAAUGAGAAUUUGAGGAGGCAAGAGAGAAAUGGAGCCCCAACUCACAUUAUAACAGAGUUCGCUCAGCUGUUGCAGUUUCACAUUGCAACGUACUUCGGCAAUGAUCUUCCUGGACAACCAAGGGCAAAUCAGCAUUCUGGAAGGCCUAUAAAAUCAAUUUGCAGCAGGCUGAAAGCAAAAGAAGGUUGGAUUAGAGGAAACUUAAUGGGGAAGCGUGUUGAUUUCUCAGCUCGUACUGUCGUCACACCAGAUCCAAACAUCAACAUUGAUCAAUUGGGGGUACCAUGGAGUGUUUCUUUGAAUCUGACAUACCCAGAAACUGUCACUCCAUAUAACAUCGAGAGGUUGAAAGAGCUAGUAGAAUAUGGGCCUCACCCUCCCCCAGGGAAGACAGGUGCAAAGUACAUUAUCAGGGAAGAUGGUCAGAGGCUGGAUCUUCGCUAUGUGAAGAAAAGUAGUGAUCAGCAUUUGGAGCUGGGUUACAAGGUGGAAAGACACCUCAAUGAUGGAGAUUUUGUUCUUUUCAACCGGCAACCAAGCCCUCAUAAAAUGCCUAUCAUGGGGCAUCGUGUUAAAAUUAUGCCCUGCUCAACUUUCCGCCUGAACUUGUCUGUCACAUCACCGUACAAUGCAGAUUUUGAUGCGGAUGAAAUGAAUAUGCAUGUUCCUCAGUCAUUUGAGACCACAGCUGUAGUUUUAGAGUUGAUGAUGGUGUCAAAAUGCAUUGUCUCACCUCAAGCGAAUAUACCUGCUAUGGGUAUUGUCCAGGACACACUUCUUGGGUGUCGAAAAAUCACCAAAAGGGACACUCUUAUUGAAAAGGAUGUAUUUAUGAACAUGUUAAUGUGGUGGGAAGAUUUUGAUGGGAAGGUCCCUGCCCCUGCCAUUUUGAAACCAAGGCCGAUUUGGACUGGCAAACAAGUUUUCAACUUGAUUAUCCCCAAGCUAAUCAAUUUAAUAAGUUUCUCAGCCUGGCAUGCUGAAACAGAGUGUGGAUUUAUUACUCCUGGUGAUACUAUGGUCCGGAUAGAGAAGGGAGAGCUUCUGUCUGGUACACUCUGCAAAAAAACACUCGGGACCUCAACUGGAAGUCUCAUUCGUGUUAUUUGGGAAGAGGCAGGGCCAGAUGCUGCACUGAAGUUCUUGGGUAAUACACAGUCGCUGGUCAACUACUGGCUUCUGCAAAAUGGUUUCAGUAUUGGUAUUGGAGAUGCAAUUGCAGAUGCAGAUACUAUGGAGAAGAUUGAUGUGACAAUUGGAACAGCUAAGAAUGAUCUGAAGGAGCUUAUUAAGCAAGCACAAGAGAAGAACUUGGAACCUGAGCCAGGACUCACAAUGAUGGAAUCAUUUGAAAACCGAGUAAAUCAGAUUCUCAGCAAGGCUUAUGAUGAUGCUGGGAGUAGUGCUCAGAAGGGUUUGUCUGAGAGCAACAAUUUGAAAGCUAUGGUCACUGCAGGCUCGAAUGGCAGUUUCAUUAAUAUUUCACAAAUGACUGCUUGUCUCGGACAGCAGAAAAUUGAGGGCAAGCGGAUUCCGUUUGGUUUUGUUGAUCGCACAUUACCCCACUUCACGAAAGAUGACUACGGCCCUGAAAGUCGUGGGUUUGUUCAGAACUCUUACCUUCGAGGUCUGGCACCACAGGAGUUUUUCUUCCAUGCUAUGGUUAGUAGAGAAGGUUUGAUUGCCACUGCUGUGAAAACUCCGAGACAGCAUUCAGCGGAGGCUCGUGAAGGCUAUGGAGGACAUCAUGGUGAAACAUGAUGGUGCUGUGCGGAGUUCGCGGGGUGUUGUUGUUCAGUUCUUGUUUGGAGAAGAUGGCAUGGGUGCUGUUUGGAUUGAAUCACUGAAAUUGGACUCCCUAAAGAUGAAUAAAGCAGAGUUUGAUAAUGUA